UUUAGUUAUAACAUGUUAUGGUCAUGGUGAGCCGUAGGACUGCCCACUCCUCCCUUUGGUUUUCUUCCUUCCCCAUCCUCCUUUCUCUCUUUGGGACUUUUGAUGUUUCCCUCCUUGCCUUUUUCUUGCCAUUGUGUCUCAUCUGUUCUUCUCUGCAGCAACUCCCAGUUCCUGUGCCCCUCCUGCUCCUCUCACUACCCCUUGCUACUUAGCAGUGGGAUUGUCCUUGGAGCAGCAAAUACUGAAUGGAGAAUGCUUGUUUUAGGUACCAUUGGCAUUUUAUGGUGUAGUUGUGCUGUCCUAGCAGGGCUUUAUGGCAAAGGGCUGAUGGAACUCAACAGGGAUGUCAUGCAGGAGAACUACCAGAAUCUCAUCUCACUAGGUUUUCCAAUUCCUAAAUGUGACAUGGCCUCCCAAAUGGAAAAAGGCAAAGAACUAUCUGACUCAGGUCACCAGGCUUUCAAGGAAUCGGAGAUCUUGAAAUACACCCCCACAGGCGAUCACAGUGGAGAGGAGGAGAUUUCUCAGCAGGAAGAUUCUGCAAGCAUGGAACUGCAGCGGGUGUUUUCAGUGAGAUCCGGAGGAGACCUAUCCCAGGGCCCUGACCUGGGGAAAGCCCAUGUGAGUCAGCACAACUCAGCAAUGCCACAGAGAGAGGACCCUUCAGAGAGGAAACCAACUGAAUCCACUCACGGCGAACGAGACCUCCAGGAGCAACGAGAGGACGUCGUCCCCCGACGAACACCCCGAUCAGAGAGACCAACCAUAUGUUCUGAAUGCGGGAAGGGCUUCAGUCGAAGCAUACACCUGAUCCAGCAUCAGAGAAUGCACACGGGGGAGAGACCCUUCAAAUGCACAGAGUGCGGGAAAGGCUUCAGCCAGAGCUCGCACCUUAUUCAGCACCGGAGAAUCCACACGGGCCAGAAGCCCUACACAUGUCACGAGUGUGGGAAGAGCUUCAGCCAGAGCUCCAACCUUAUCAAACACCAGAGGAUCCACACAGGACACAAGCCCUACGUAUGCACUGAGUGUGGGAAGAUCUUCAGUGAUAGCUCCACAUGUAUAAAACACCAGAGAAUGCACACGGGAGAGAAGCCAUACAAAUGUCCCGAGUGUGGCAAAAAUUUUAGCCAGCGCUCACACCUCAUCCAGCACCAGAGGAUCCACAACGGCGUCAAGCCCUACACGUGCAUGGAGUGUGGGAAGAGCUUUGGCCAGAGCUCCGAUCUGAUCAACCACAGCAGGACCCACACCGGGGAGAAACCCUACAAAUGCACUGAGUGUGGGAAGUGCUUCAGUGGGAACUCCAAUCUGAUCAAACACCAGAGGAUCCACACGGGAGAGAAUCCCUACCACUGUGCUCAGUGCGGGAAGUGCUUCCGCUUCCAGCCACAGCUUGUGCGGCACCAGAAACACCACGCACAGUGUAGCCAGCCUCUCCCAGAGGUCAGCCUGCGCCCAGGAUGUCUGGCGGGGAAUAGCAGAGAGCAGCAGAUGGUGGCAUUGCUCCUUACACCUGCCUUCCAGCAUCAGAGAACCCACACGGGGGACGGACCUUACAAAUGUGCAGAGAGUGGGAAGAGCUUCCUCCGGAGUGCUGAGCUCAUUCUGCAUCAGAGAACUCACACGGGUGAGAGCCCCUACAAAUGCCUGGAGUGUGGGAAGAGCUUCAGCGUCCACUCCAACCUUAUUAACCACUAGAGAAUCCAUGUGGGGGAGAGACCCUAUAGCAGUAUGGAGUGUGGGAAGAGCUUUGGCCGGAGCGCAGACCUUAUUAAAUAUCAGAGGACCCACACUGGGGAGAGGCCCUAUAAAUGCCCUCAGUGCAGGAAGACCUCAGACCUGGUGAAACAUCAGCAGAUCCACACAGGAGAGAAGCCCUAUCUGUCUUCUGAGUGUGGGAAAUGUUUCCGGCAGAGCUCGGACCUGGUCAAACACCAGAGGACUCACAUGGGAGAUAAGCCCUACCAAAGGGUUCAUCAUCAGCUCCAUCCUCAUCACCCAGCAGUGACUGCACACCAGAGAGAGACCCUACCAAUGCACCAGCUACAGGAAAAGCGUCAGAGAGCACUCUGGACUGAUUGGCCACAGGGCAGAGAAGAUGCCCUACCAGACUGCCGAGUGCGGGAAAACCUUCACUCAGACCUUGACCCUGGUUAGACACCAGAUCACCCACACGGGAGAGAGACCCUACAAAUGUCCGGACUGCAGGAAAGGCUUCCGCCACAGCUCCAACCUCCUCCAGCAUCGCAGGACCCACACAGGGGAGAGAUCCUACCCCUGCACCAUCUGCAGGAAGAACUUUGGGAUGAGCUCGCACCUCGUCAAGCAUCGGAGAACCCAUACUGGGGAGAGACCCUAGCAGUGCGCUGACUGCGGGCAGCACUUCAUCCAGCGCUCCAACCUCCACGGUCACCAGAGGAGCC